UUCACCUCUCUUGUUAUUGUCUUCAUUUUGGCACGAUAUGGGGACGGAGAGAGAGAAUUUUAAAAAUAAAUCUUGUGAUUUGUGAAUCUUGGUAAAAACCCAAAAUGAAAAAAAACAAGAAAAACAUGUUUCAGCAAACAAAAAUCAUUGUAAGAUGUGCAAAGCAUAGAUAAUGUCAAUGGGGUUGAAAGUCCAACAAGAAAACUUCCAAAAUGUGUCACAGAAGUUUGUAUAAAAGGCAUGAUAAUUGGAUCGAUCAAACAACAUUUGGUUCUGUUUUGCAUCAAUGAAGAAAGUCGCAAUCCUUCUACUGCUUUUUCAUUCAUACCUUGUUGCUUUAGUCCAUAGUUAUGGAGGAAUUGGAUUUGACCCUCUCGUGAAAAUUUUAGUAAAACAAUCUUCGAAACAGCAGGAAGUCAAUUAUGUUACUGAGAGCACGGCCACAGAGUAUUCACCGGUGUAUGUAGGCCCUCAAGAUGGACUGAAAGCUGCAGACAAGAUUUUAUCUUUGCCGGGGCAGCCUAAUGGAAUUAACUUUGAUCAGUACUCUGGCUAUGUUAGGGUUGAUCCCAACGCUGGCAGAGCACUCUUCUACUAUUUUGCGGAGUCUCAGAACUCUUCUAGCAAGCCUCUUGUGCUGUGGUUAAAUGGAGGACCUGGCUGCUCUUCGUUUGGCAAUGGAGCAAUGAUGGAGCUCGGACCAUUUCGAGUCAACAGCGAUGGAUUAACUCUAUCAGAAAACAAAUAUGCAUGGAACAAUGCGGCGAAUAUACUUUUCCUUGAGUCACCGGCCGGUGUGGGAUUUUCUUACUCAAAUACUACAUCAGAUUAUGACAAAAGCGGCGAUGCUAGAACUGCAGCUGAUUCCUAUACCUUUCUAGUCAACUGGUUGGAAAGGUUUCCAAAGUACAAAACCAGAGACUUCUUCAUAACCGGAGAGAGCUAUGCCGGGCAUUAUGUGCCCCAACUUGCUCAAUUAACACUACUACAAAAAUAG